GACGGCAACAGCAGUCAUCCCGUUCUCACUCUCUUGUGGUUCGCCGGCGAAGUUUUGUCUCACCUCUUGUGCCCGUUGCCUUGCCAAUUUCCUCUGCUAAAUAACCGACAAUAACAAUGGGCGAUAACAAAGAGCAAACCUUCAUCAUGAUCAAGCCCGACGGCGUGCAGCGCGGGCUUGUAGGAAAGAUAAUCCAACGGUUUGAGCAAAAAGGCUUCAAACUCGUCGCCCUCAAGAUGGUCUGGCCUUCGGAGGACCUUCUCAAGCAGCACUACGCUGACUUGGCUGCAAGACCCUUCUUCCCAGGUCUUGUCAAGUACAUGAGUUCCGGUCCAGUCGUACCAAUGGUCUGGGAGGGUCUGAAUGCGGUUAAAACUGGUCGCGUUAUGCUGGGUGAAACUAACCCAAAGGAUUCAGCACCAGGAACAAUCCGUGGUGAUUUCUGCAUCCAGGUAGGACGCAACAUAAUCCAUGGAUCCGACUCAGUUGAAUCUGCCAAUAAAGAGAUCAAACUGUGGUUCGGAGAGAAGGAAAAGAAAGACGUUGUCGACUGGUCUUCUUGGGCUGAGAAAUGGAUCUACGAAUAGAUUACCGUCCAAUAAAACAGUAACAUUCUCACACCUCUACGAUAUCAUUUAUACCCAGUUUCCUACUUCAGUUCACGGUAUACCCAUUGCUGGAGAUACGUGGGUGCGACUAUAACUGUACAUACAAGAACAACCCAAAAAGUCCAAAAAUAAAAACGUUAAACAAAA